UGUUCCUCAAGGGAUGCAUCAAGAAGAUUGGGAGUGGUUAGUUAAGAACCAUUUUUGCACCAAAAAAUUUAAGGAAACAAGUGUUCGAAACUCUGAAAAUAGGAAAAAUUUAACUAUGCUUCAUCGUACUGGUAGCAAACCUUACAGACAAAUUAUCUAUGAUUUGGGAGGCAAGGAUGGCAAUCCACCAGACAUUGGAACUAUAUUCUUUGAAACUCAUAAGAAGGGUGCAAAUUUGGUUGACUCUAAUGUUCAAGAGAAAUAUGAUCAAAUACGUGAUGUCAUCCAAUCCAACCCUUCUUUGUCUCAUAUGGAGGUUGUAGAACAAUGUUUUGAAACACGACAUCGUGAUCAAGUUAUUGGUUAUGGGGGUGGAAUAAAGGCAAAAGAAGUUAAGAAAUCUCAUUCCAACAUUGGCCUUCAAGAGGAGAAUCGAUUGCUUAAGGAUCGUUUGUGUGAAGUAGAAACUAGGAUGAAAUACCUGGAGGACUUAUUAUUGAGCCAAUACUCUAAUGCUCCAUCUAGAACUUCUCUAUCUACAGAUCAAUCUACUUGA